AACCCCGACGAUAGACAGAAGAAGAGAAGGCAGGCAAAAAGCAAACGGAAGUCGGCAUCCCCCAUUCGGCUAAAGAACAGCUCUCGAGAAGGAUUUGAAUUCUUUGUAAGGGCCGCCCUGUAAAAAAAAGAUCUUUAACAAUGGUGAAGAUUUUUGUGGGGAAUCUGCCCCGAGAAGCAGACCAGGAGGAAAUCAAGGCACUCUUUACGGAGUACGGCACUGUCACAGAAUGUGCCAUCAUCAAGAACUACGCCUUUGUCCACAUGGAUGACCGCAAGGACGCCACCAAAGCCAUUAAGAAUCUGCACCUCUACAAGCUUCACGGCACACCAAUCAACGUGGAGGCCAGCCACGGGAAGAACCAGGGCGCAGUCAAACUGCAUGUGGCUAAUGUAGAAAAGGGAGCCGAUGACGAGCUCCGUGCUCUUUUUGAAGAGUAUGGCUCGGUCACAGAGUGUGCAGUUGUAAAGAAUUUUGCUUUUGUACACAUGUCUAACUCUGAAGAGGCCAUGGAUGCCAUCAAGGGACUGGACAAUUCUGAAUUUCAAGGCAAACGCAUCCAUGUUCAGAUUUCUAAGAGCCGUCCCAGACAUGACGAACGGGAUGACUACCCCCCUCCUCCCCCAGACAGGGGUGGCUAUUGGCCCCCUCGUUACCCAGGAGAGAGGCACGACCUCCCCCCCCCACCCAGCUACAUGAGAGGCCGCCUCAGCCAUUUACCCCCAGGUUACCCUGCUCCUCCGCUGCCACCCCCUCCCCCCAGACGAUCCGUUUACCCUGAACGACCCUAUGAGGGUGAAAGGGAGAGAUACGGCGUGGUAGAUUACUAUGAGAAGUACAGAGCCCGUCCUUAUGGCAUGGCCUAUGAGGACCAACGUGCUGGCGCCCCUCCUCCUCCCCCUCCCCCCUCAGCCGUCGUCCGAGACCGCCUUAUGACCUCGUCGCUUGACCCAUAUGAGCGUCGUCCCCUCCCACCUCCUCCGUCCUCGUACUAUGCCCGAGAUCGCAGUCCCCUCCGGAGAGCGCCUAGCGCGCCUAUGCCCCCUGCCAGUAAUGGCUACUCCUACGAGCGCUCUCGACUCUCCCCGGUUUCCCGGGUCCCGGCAUACGGAGUUCCACGCGCCAGGGACCCCUACGCAGAACGGCUGCCUCCGCCACCGCCUGCACGCUACGCUUAUUAAGCAAGGCCCUGGCAUGUGAAGGAUCGUCGUCCGACUGCGUCGCCGCUCGCCGCCUCCUGAUGCACGUGACACUAUCCUCUUCCUGUCUGUGGCUGAGCGCGUUACGUUCACCUGCGACGCUCACAGGAGGAACUGAAUUGCCGACGUCCUCGUCUGUUUUUGUUUUUAUUUUGGGAAAGCUUUUACUCGUUUCCCCCCCCCCCCCCCUGAUUGUUUUAGUUUGUCAUUGUGCUGUAGUGUAUAUAUAUAUUUUUUUUUUUUUUAUGCUUGACGUCUGAAUUAGGCGGUUUUUUAUUUGUACUUUUACGUUGAACAAAAUUAGUAUUCUGAUGUUGUGUGUGACCUUAGAAAGCUGAAUAAUUUCAGUAGUCUCUAGGCGAUACUUGUGACUGUAGAUUUAACUGAACUGAAUCAUGUUUAGUGUUAAAUCUAAUCUGCACGUUGGUUCCAUCAUGUUACGCAUUCCCAUCGCAAACCAAACCUCAAUGUGGCGGUGCUGUGGAAAGUUAAACUGCUAAGACGUAGGGGUUUGACAAAUGUAGAAAGCAACUGUUAAUAGGACAGUCACCGCAAAGCGUUCACAUGUACCUGUCCAUUGUCGAACUUGUUUUUAAUAAACGGAUUUGUGCAGUAAUGUUGUUCACAUGUGCCCAAAAUCAUGCCCCGCGCUAAAACACCAUCUGUGUCACCACUUAACUUUAAUCGGAAACUGCCUAAAUCUUCGAAAAAAAAUAAGCAUGUCCCAUAUUGAAUGAUUAUCCGUUUUAGUUAAUGGAGAAGUCACGUGUAAUAAACUAGUUCAAAUCGUCACGCUGAUUAAAUAACUCUGGUCUUAAUUCAUCAGCGUACCUUUUUUAGCUUGUCCCCUUCAGUGCCAAAAUUUGGAACAUGUUCACAUUUGAGCAUAAGUGAAGAAGAGUGUAACACUCCAAGCCAUACUCCCACCAGCUGAGCUCAUAGGUGAGACUAGUUUACCUUGAAUCUGGGGGGAGAUGACAUCAAAGGCUGCUGGAGACCUUCAGAGUCAACAGGUAAGUCAAGGGCUUUAAGGACUACUGAAGUAGAAAGUACUGCUCACAUUGAACUUCUAGGUAAAUGUUGCUAGUUUACUAUUAACUACAGAGGUUUGUAGUAGCCCUGGAGUGUUAGCUAGCCAACUGUUUUUCACUCAUUGAAAUCCAUUCAGCUGUAAAUCUGCUCUUUGCCUCGGUAAGUUUGCUGUGAAAUAAGCAAUGUGUAUAUAGUUGACAGGUUAGGCAAUGCCAGCAAAUUGAAUUUGGACUACGGUAAUCCAGCAGGGUUUGAUGACCGUAGUUGAAAUCUGGAAAAAAAAAUUGUUUUUUGUAAUUGGAAAUGAAGAGAAGCUUCCAGGAUACCUAGCUUUGUUCAAACUGAAGCGAGAAUUAAGAAUUUGACUGAAUGGAUUAGUAAAAUCCACACUAGGUCUUGUAGACAUACCUUUUUAAACCCAUAUAACACAUGAAGUCAAUUAACGCAUACAAUGAAAUUAAAACAAACUGAUUUUACACAAUUUUGAUGGACCUGAGACAUUUACAGUACUUUGCAUUGUAUUGCUGUUUUGAAAGCUGACCUGCAUGAAUAAAAUAUUUCCAACUGUAA